CCCUGUUGCAUCCACAUCCACUCAGGAUGAUUUAGUCUUCGGCGACUCGCUACACCUUCCCACAAGGCUCUCGUGGUUGCCUAAACCCUGUAGGCUCUGGCCUGACUCACACCCUCUGAUCCAAUCAACCAUUCCUCAGGCGCCGAGGGCUUGAAAUCGUGUCCCGAUCUCCCAUAUCACUGACUGCUUCCACCCUGGCGAGUUUCAUGCUGACGGCGGACAAAGCAGGCUGCUGGUUCUCCGCAGCAGCCGUAGGCACCCUUGGGAGUGUUACUGUAACAGUACUUACUGAGUGCAACAGUGUUUCCCCUUAAGGGUCCUUUCCUUUAUGACCUUCGUUUUCUUGCACACAGCACUUCAGGAUAGGCUUUCUCAUCUGCUUCCAUUACCCUCUAUUUCGGUCUCCGUUAUACAAUCGUUGGACAGGAAUACGCAUUCGAGUCUACACAGAGGCUGUGAGUAUCUUGUCCAUUUUUCACCAUGAGCUGCGAAGAAGGGUUUUCGGACGAAGAAGACCACCUCGAACCCUUGCGAUCUCAGAUCUUAGGUUGUCUUGAUGGAAUCCAUACUGUAGGGUCAUUUGUAAUAAGCGCCCACGACGUCGAGCACGUUCACCCUGGCCUGGUGGUCAGUGGUAUCGGUCCUAUUCGACUUCCCUUGUGCCAGGAUGAUGCUAACGCUCUCAUUGGAGUGAGCCGUCGCGCUCCAUUCGGUAAGGGGAGCAAAACGUUGGUUGAUGAGACUUAUAACUGGCUGGACGGUGUUGUCGGAAAUGUCUCUAAGGGCCUGGGCGUCCAUGGCGGUGCUGGCAAUGUACGAGCUGAGCUCUAUAAGUUACUGGUGUAUGAAAAGGGCGCCUUUUUUAAGCCUCACAAAGACACGGAGAAGACGAAAGACAUGUUUGGAACUCUUGUCAUUUGCCUACCCUGCGAGCACGUUGGCGGCGGGGUGCGCCUCAUUCACGGUCUGGACGAAAGAGUUCUCGAGACGGACAAGUGCUUCUCUUACGGUGUCUCUUAUCUGGCUUGUUGUACAGAAGCUUUCUCUCGCAUUUCGAAACUGCACCUCGUUGCUCGUGGUCUCCGAGCAUUCCGCUCUGGUGUACCGAGUGAUGUUCGAUUGGACACCAGUGAAGCAUCAGAACGUGCCGUCUACCAAUGGGCUAUAGAUGUCCUCUUGAAGGCUUUGAGUUCGAUUGUAGAGGUCUUCCCUAAGGAUGCAGGAGCCAUAGUUCAGAUCAUCGACGCCUAUGAAGACGAAAGACUUUUAGGAAGCAUGAACGCUUUCGUGAGUCAUUUUUCCGAUGACGCGACCUUCAUAAACACCCUCUUCGCGGAAAUCCUUUGCUACUCCGAAACGGUUCAGAAACCAAACUUGCUUGUGCAACGUCUCGUUCCAUCAAUUUUCGACAAGGCAAUCUCCUCUUUCCGGUUGGAUCAAUUUUCGUCUCUUUCGAAAACCAGGGAAGACUAUCCAUUUUCGUCGUGGCCUGACAUCAUUUCACACAGCGAGAAGAGCGAAAAGGAUGCCUCUGUUGUUGCGUCACUGUAUCGUCAACUUGUGAGAGAUGAUUUGGACAAGGCGGGACAGUUCCUUGAGAAGAUCGCGAAUGACACUGCAAGUAUCCACCAAGACGACCUCAACCGCUUUGUCAUCCCACUCCUGUGCGAAAUGAUCGAUAUCCUAGAGCGUCAACCAUCCGAGGCUGCACCAUUGUGCGAUCGGUAUUACGACUUCACUCGCCACCUGCCGUUUCACUACACGACGACGAGGGAGAAAAGAGGAGAGCAUUACGACAUCAAGGUCACUAAGUCACUCAAGACAUGGGAACGAGAACACGAGGCAUGGCGAGGCAGAUUUGAACGUGCCCAAUCGGCUCUUCGGCGGCUGCCCGAGUCAUCCCUACGCCGAUGCCUUGGGGAUGGCGAGUAUCAGGACUUGAUGGGACUUCAAAUUGUCAAAUUGCCGACGGCGGAUGUGGCCAUGGAUCCGCCAAACUCUGCCCAAGCAGAUGCGGCCGGGAAGAGGAAGAGGAAAAGGAGGAGGCUUUGA